AUGUAUCCGUCAGCCUUCUUACAGUCGCUACUACUUCUGAGCGUACCCUACAUCCCUAACGCAUUCGCACAAAGCCUCUACGACUCAGUCACCGAUCCCACAAAGCGUGCCGAGUUCGCCCUCUCGACAUUGCAGAUUUGGUACAAUGCAGGCACAGGCCUAUGGGACACAGCAGGGUGGUGGAAUAGCGCCAAUGUCAUGACCAUGAUUGCAAACCUCGCACAGAGCGACCCAAACAAUGCGCAACUGCAGAACCUCGCAACGAGAGUGUUUGCGAACACACUUUUACAGGCGCCUGCGAAGAACCCACAGCCCGGUGUUGAGAACGAGGCAAAAAGGAGGCGAGAUGUUGAUCCAGGCAAUGGCACCUUCACACUGUUACUCAACGACACUGGCACGGAAUCUGGAUACUCGAAGAGUCUCAACCCGGGAGGUAUUCACGAACCAAUCACAACAUUUCCCACCGAUUGGGACGCCGAUGAUGGCCAGUACGUCGACAUACAAAGCCUACCUAGCUUCGCCUCAGAAUCGAAGGACGCGGCUACCCAAGCCGCACUCGCCACAUCCCCAAAUCCCGAAGACUGGCUUGACGGCUUCUACGAUGACGAUCUUUGGUGGGCACUAGCCUGGGUUGGCGCUUACGACGUGACACAGAACAUUGAAUACCUCCAGCUGGCGGAAGGCAUAUUCGGUGAAGUCACCAAAGCCUGGCCAACGCGCUGUGGCAAUGGCGGCAUCUUCUGGUCCUGGAAGAAAGAUUACAUGAACGCCAUCGCUAAUGAGCUGUUCCUGUCGACCGCAGCACACCUGGCAAACCGGGCUGAGAACAAGGAUACCUAUAUCGAAUGGGCGGAGUUAACGCUGAAGUGGUUCUUGAACAGUGGAAUGAUCAACGAGCAAGGCACCAUAAACGACGGUUUGACAGAGGGCUGCGAGAACAACGGUUACGCAACGUGGUCCUACAAUCAAGGCGUAAUCCUCGGUGGCCUCGUCGAGCUCAAUAAAGCCGCUCCAAACGAGACAUACCUUCCUCUCGCCGCGAAGAUCGCCAAAGCCGCCAUCACUGAGCUCUCAGACGACAAUGGCGUCAUUCACGAUGGCUGUGAGCCCGGGUGCGGCGGCGAUGGAAACCAGUUCAAGGGCAUCUUCAUGCGAAACCUGCAGCUUCUGCAUCAAGUAGCGCCGGAUGAUGUGUUUGCUGAUUCGAUUCGUACAAAUGCUGACAAUAUUUGGAUGAACAAUCGGGAUGAGGAGCAGGGGAAUACUUUGAGUGUGGUUUGGUCAGGGCCGUUUGUUAGUCCGGCAAAUGCGAGUACGCACUCGAGUGCGAUGGAUGCGCUUGUUGCUGCCAUCUCUUUGUGA